AUGGAAGGUAAUCUUAAUUUGGAAGUUCCCAAGAGCUGGCUACCCUCUUUGGACAUUGUCCGGUUCAAGGAUCUUAGCAUCACUGAAAACCAGAGUGAUUUAGUUGGUGAUAAUGAUUCUGACCGUAGAAGUUAUGUUGAGAAUGCACAGGUCAGCGAGAGUUUGCAGCUCAUGAAAUUUUACUCCUUGUCAUCUGAUGUAGUAAACCACUUGCUUUCUGACCAUGAGGGUAGAGAGUUGGAUCUUCCAUUCGAACCUACAGACCAGGAAAUGGAGAUUAUUCUUUAUCGUAAAAGUAGCUUUAUAGUUGGACGGUCAGGAACAGGUAAGACCACGGUUUUAACCAAGAAAUUGUUUCAGAAUGAACAACGUUACCAAUUGGCAGUGCAAGGAUGCGUUAGUUGUCAAAAUAGCAUGGUUGAGCAGAGUACUUCAGCUACUAAGGGAACUCUUCACCAACUUUUUGUGACCGUGAGUCCUAAACUGUGUUUUGCCAUCAAGCAACAUGUUUUAAACUUAAAAAGUUUUGCAUGCGGUGGAAGUGAUUCAACUGAAAAGAGUUUGAUUCAUAUGGCUGAUUUUGAUGAGGGGGAAGCCCAAUUCAAGGAUAUCAAGGAUUCAUUUCAUGAUAUUCCUCCCAAUUCUUACCCUCUUGUCAUAACAUUCCAUAAGUUCUUGAUGAUGCUUGAUGGAACACUGGGGAACUCAUACUUUGAAAGAUUCCUUGAUGCAAGAAAACUUACACACGGUCAAUUGCAAAGUUCAAGAUCAGUUGCUUUGCAGACCUUUAUAAGGACCAAGGAGGUGAAGUAUGAGAGAUUCAGUUCAUCUUACUGGCCCCAUUUUAAUAUCCAGUUAACAAAGAUGCUCGAAGCUUCAAGAGUCUUUACAGAGAUAAUAUCUCAUAUUAAAGGUGGUUUGGAAGCUAUGGAAGCAGGUGAUGGUAAACUCAAUCGCGAGAACUAUGUUCGAUUGUCAGAGAGCCGGGGUUCCAAUUUAAGCAAGCAAAAGAGAGAAGCAAUAUACGAUAUAUUUCAGGCUUAUGAAAAAAUGAAGAUGAAAAAUGGUGAAUUUGAUCUGGGUGAUUUUGUAAUUGAUCUUCACCAUCGUUUGAGGCAUGAAAAAUAUGGGGGUGAUCAAAUGGACUUUGUUUAUAUCGAUGAGGUUCAAGAUCUCACAAUGAGUCAAAUUGCUCUAUUUAAACAUAUGUGCAUCAAUAUUGAAGAGGGAUUUAUUUUUUCUGGUGAUACAGCACAAACAAUUGCAAGGGGUAUUGAUUUUAGGUUCCAAGAUAUACGACAUUUGUUCCACAAGAAGUUUGUGUUGGAAUCAAGAAGCAAUAAGCUUGAAGAAAGAAAAGAAAAGGGACAAAUUUCUAAAAUGUUUCAUUUGACUCAAAAUUUCCGUACCCACGCCGGUAUACUAAAGUUAUCACAGAGCAUUAUUGAACUGAUUUAUCGUUUUUUUCCCCACUCUAUUGAUGUUUUAGACCCUGAAACCAGUCUUAUUUAUGGGGAAGCUCCAGUUUUGCUUGAAUCUGGAGAAAAUGAAAAUGCAAUCAUAAAAAUAUUUGGAAAUAGUGCAACUGGUACCGGAAUAGUUGGCUUCGGUGCAGAGCAGGUUAUUUUGGUGCGAGAUGAUGGUGCCAGGAAAGAUGUUUCCAUGUUUGUUGGGAAGCAUGCUCUUGUCCUCACCAUUGUGGAGUGCAAGGGCCUUGAGUUCCAGGACGUACUCUUGUACAACUUUUUUGGCUCAUCACCACUGAAAAACCAAUGGAGGGUCAUAUAUGAUUACAUGAAGGAACGAGAUUUACUUGACUCAACAUUACCAAAGGGCUUUCCAAGUUUCAAUGAAGCUAGGCACAACAUCCUGUGCUCUGAAUUGAAGCAAUUGUAUGUUGCUGUUACUCGUACGAGACAGAGAUUGUGGGUUUGUGAGAAUGUAGAAGAGCUCUCCAAACCAAUGUUUGACUAUUGGAAGAAGAAAUGUCUUGUACAAGUUAGGCAACUGGAUGAUUCACUCGCACAGGCAAUGCAAGUUGCAAGCAGUCCAGAGGAGUGGAAAUCACGGGGAAUUAAGCUAUAUCAUGAACAUAACUAUGAAAUGGCCACAAUGUGCUUUGAGAGAGGUGGUGAUACGUAUUGGGAAAGAAGGUCUAAAGCUGCCGGCCUUAGAGCUAUCGCUGACCGUAUGCGAACUUCAAAUCCUGAAGAGGCCAAUUCCGUUCUUAGGGAAGCUGCUGAAAUAUUUGAUGCUAUAGGCAAGGCAGAUUCCGCUGCCAGAUGCUUUUCUGAUUUGGGCGAAUAUGAAAGAGCAGCUAGGAUUUAUUUGGAUAAAUGUGGCGUGCCUGAUCUGGAAAGAGCUGGGGAAUGUUUUUCUCUAGCUGGAUGCUAUAAAGAUGCUGCGGAUGUGUAUGCUAGGGGCAAUUAUUUCUUCGAGUGUCUCACUGUUUGUUCCAAAGGAAAACUGUUUCAAAUGGGUUUACAAUACAUCAAGUAUUGGAAACAGCAUGCAAUAGAGGAUGGCGUUGUUGCCAGAAGAGGUGAAGGAAUAGAUAAAAUUGAACAAGAAUAUCUGGAGAGCUGCGCAUCCCACUAUUAUGAGUUGAAAGAUAACAGAUCCAUGAUGAACUUUGUUAAAGCGUUUCAUUCGAUUAUUUUGAUGCGGAACUUUUUGAAGAAGUUGGGUCUCCUUGAUGAGCUUCUUUUAUUGGAAGAAGAAUUUGGAAACUAUCUUGAAGCUGCGGACAUUGCGAAGCUGAAAGGCGAUAUUCUACUCGAAGCUGGUUUCCUUGGAAAGGCAGGCAAGUUCAGAGAAGCAUCAUUACACAUUCUGUUCUAUGUGCUUGCAAACUCUCUUUGGUCACAUGGCAGAAAGGGCUGGCCCAUACAACAGUUUUCACAAAAGGAGGAGCUUUUAUCAAAAGCCAAGUCAUUUGCUAAGAAUGAAACAGAAAGCUUUUAUGAGCUUGUUUGCACUGAGGUUGACAUAUUGUUAAAUGAGCAGAGUAACUUGGCCUUGAUAAAAAAUUAUAUGAAUGUUUGUCAGAGGCAUAAGAGUACUAGAGGUGAAUUAUUAUCUGCUCGAAAAAUAUUGGAUGCUCAUAUUUCUUCAAGCGCCAAUAAGUAUGUGUGGGAAAAGGAUUUGGUUGAUGGGGAUCUGAUAAUGUGUUCAGAAGGGAGAAUAUCUGAAAAUCAGGUAUCUAUAGAUUCACUGAUAUAUUUCUGGAUUUUUUGGAAGGAUAAAAUUGCUUUCAUAACUGAAUAUAUUGGAUGCCUUGAAAACCAAGAUGCUAAUGAUUACAGAAGGUACGGAGAGCUUUGUUUGGAUUACUUAGGAGUGUGGAGGUUGUAUCAUAAUCUUACUCCAGUCUAUGUCUUACUCAUAUCUGAUGCUGAUUGGGUUCGAGGUCUGGACAAAAGACAUUUUAGAAAUCAUGGGAAGUUGGUGUCCAUUAGCGUUCACCAGCUUGUCUCAGCUGCUCGUAGUUAUUGGAGUUCAGAAAUGCUCUCUGUUGGCAUGAAAGUUUUGGAGAAGCUUGAAAAUCUUUACAAGUUUCCAAUAAAAAAUGCUGAUGAUGCAGUGUUCUGCCAAAGCAGGUGUCUUACCCAUAUUUGUGAGAUCUCAGAAUAUCUUUUGCAAUCAAAAUGUUUGAAGCUAAGGAAUCAAGAUACCGAGAGAUUGCAGAGAUGUGUAAAGUUUUCUACUGAUACCGUUGUUGCGAAUAUAUUUCCUUUGGAUUGGAGGAAUUCAUUGAGGGAGAAUAUGAUUGCUCUUAGAAGAACUGAUGCUUUAAAGAAUGUGCUGAAACAAGUAAUAGUUGAGUAUACCAGCUCAAAGGAGGUGCUGUCUUUUGGGCAGAUUGGACGGCUUGCAAUGGUUAUUCUCGGGUCCGGUAAGCUGAAUAAUAGUGAACUAUACGAGAAGCUUGUGGUAAAACUGGACUGCCACCAGCCAUGGAAGGCUUUCAUUGAGAAUCUAUGUGGGAAUAUUGGCCCUGGAAACACCAGUGAAGAACCGAGAGAGGUGUCUAUAAUGUUGAAGUUGUAUGGAGCUUUAGUUGAUACUUAUAAUGCGAACUGGAGGGUGGUUCGUGAUUACAUAUCACCUGGUUGCUUUUUGUACCUUGUAGAGCGCCUUCUGAUUUGGGCAACUUGCUUUCAGGGUUAUGCUAUCACUACAAGUUCUUGCUUUGUUGAGUGGCUCAUAUACCAACAGGAAGAUACCGACUUAAGUUCCAUAGUUGGUGGUGAUGUGCAACAAUCUUUAAUUGACAUCCUUCAUUUUGUGAUUUAUAUGGUUCAGGGGUGUCUUUUUAAUAAGGCGGAUAUGGUUGAAUGGAUUAAAAAGACCGACGCAAAUUGGAAGAACAAUUAUUCUCAACUCAUGUUGAGAUUUGUUGUCGUGUUAUGCUUGGUUUAUUUAAAUUUUGGCAUGGGUCUAGAUGAACUCUAUGAUUUGCUGGGAAGGGACUAUAUCACUGAGCAGCUGCCAUGGGAAUUUUUUGACGCCCUUAAGAGUGGGAGGAGACACAAAUCUCUUAAUAUAAAUACGAGGCUGCUAGCUGCAGCUUUUCAGAAGAUUGGUAAUACUUUGGUAAUUGCAAGUUUCGGGUCCGAUUGUUCAAGGUUCUUAUGUUCAGAUGUUCUCUUUGUUGACAUGAAGGCCAACCAUUCCAGGGAUUACAUACUGAGAAAAUUGUUUCCUAAACGGCCACCUGUCCUACAAGUUUCCCAAGCUACAUCUGUUGAAGCAGGAGGUAAUAAUUCUUGCAGUCGUGUGCUUCAUGCAACCAAUUCCAAUUAUGAGGAAGGGAAGAGUUCUAAGAUCCUGCCAUCCAACUCUGGUGUGGUGGAACCUUUUGAGACUGGUGCUGUAUCUGAUAAGACGAGUGAUGAUUGCGCCAGGGGCAGAGACAGCCACAAUACAGAUGAGGAAAGUUGCAUAUCCAAAGAGUCAAAUCCGAAGUCUAAGCAAGCAGAUGCUGUGGCUUCUGGCAGUAAUGAAACUGGAAACAAGGGGAAGAAAAGGGGCAAGAACAAGAAACCCAAGAAGAAAGGAGGCAAAAAGUAGCCAUCACAUGCUAAUAUAUUAUAAUUAUGUAUUUGCUACGUGAAUGAAUCUUGUUAUGUAUGAACUUGAUGGUUUUUAUGAUGUAUGUAAAAUAAUAAUAAUA